AUGCCUGGUGCUACUCAUAAUGUCAUGCAAGUAGAUGACUCAGAUGUGAUCACCCAGCUGCACGCCCAGAUUCAAGCUCUGGCACAGAACAACAACAACCCCAGGGUUGGCUAUGAAGAAUGUUUGAAGAGUCAAGUUCAAGCUGCUCAUAAUCGUAUCCUCCUUGAAGCUGCCCACCUUUCUCAAAAGAAAAAGAAGGUUGACGCCGCUAGGCCAGACACCUUUGAUGGUUCUGAGUCUAAGCUUGAUGCCUUCCUUCAUCAACUUUGCCUUGUCUUCUGGGCUGACACCAAUGUCUACCAAGAUGAAGAUGAUCAUAUCACCUAUGCCCUGUUCUAUAUGAAGGCUGGCCAAGCUCAAGCUUGGGCUAGACGCUUUAUGAUGCAACAUGGAAUGGAUGGUACCUACAUGUAUAUCUCUUGGCAAGACUUUGAAGAGAUGUUGAAGAUUUUAUUUGGUGCUGCUGAUCCCACUGUCAAUUCAGUUGACAAGCUGCAGCAGAGAUCCAUGAGUGCUGACGAGUACAUUGUCGCCUUUGAAGAAUAUAAGUCCUAUAUUCAUGGAAUGACAAGGCACUGA